CGGGCUGGUCUCUGCCCUAAUGCGGCGGCUGGCGGCGAUAGGCGCUGCAGGGGACGCGGGGGAAGUGGCGGUGCCGGCAGAGGACAGCACGGACUGCGCCCCGGGCCGGAGCCCGAGCCCUUGGAGGUUGAUUGACAUAUGUGCAGUUUGGGACACUGGAGUUUCUCUUUCUGCUGCAGACUGGGAGGGAGCCCCCUCUGGUGUUGCAAGAAGGAGGCUGAAUGAGGCAGAGAGGCUGAGCUCUGUCCGGGAGGCCGAGUUAGAGCGGCUGGAGGCAGCAAGACCCCGCUGGCCAGGGAGCGGGGAGCGGGGCCCAGUGCUGAGGAUGGCCAGGCUGCAGCCACCACCCUGGGUCCAAGCAGGCCUCCUCCUCUGCUUCCUUGGCCUUGGCGGGGCCAUCCAGAUUCCUAUGGAUCCAAACAUUCAGAAUGAGCUGUCCCAGCCCCCGACCAUCACCAAGCAGUCAGUGAAGGACCAUAUCGUGGAUCCCCGAGAUAACAUCUUGAUUGAGUGUGAAGCAAAGGGGAACCCUGCCCCCAGCUUCCACUGGACUCGCAACAGCAGGUUCUUCAAUGUCGCCAAGGACCCCCGGGUGUCAAUGAGGAGGAGGUCUGGGACGCUGGUGAUUGACUUCCGCAGUGGCGGGCGGCCAGAGGAGUAUGAGGGGGAAUACCAGUGCUUCGCGCGUAACAAGUUUGGCACGGCCCUGUCCAACAGGAUCCGCCUGCAGGUGUCCAAAUCUCCCCUGUGGCCGAAGGAAAGUCUAGACCCCGUGGUGGUUCAAGAAGGCGCUCCCUUGACACUCCAGUGCAACCCCCCACCCGGACUUCCGUCCCCGGUCAUCUUCUGGAUGAGCAGCUCCAUGGAACCCAUCACCCAGGACAAGCGGGUCUCCCAGGGCCACAAUGGAGACCUGUACUUCUCUAAUGUGAUGGUGCAGGACAUGCAGACCGACUACAGCUGCAAUGCCCGCUUCCACUUUACCCACACCAUCCAGCAGAAGAACCCAUUCACCCUCAAGGUCCUCACCACCCGAGGAGUUGCAGAGAGAACCCCCAGCUUCAUGUAUCCCCAGGGCACUGCGAGCAGUCAGAUGGUGCUACGUGGCACGGACCUACUCCUGGAGUGUAUCGCCUCUGGGGUCCCAACACCAGACAUUGCAUGGUACAAGAAAGGUGGGGACCUCCCAUCUGACAAGGCCAAGUUUGAGAACUUCAACAAGGCUCUACGUAUCACCAACGUCUCUGAGGAAGACUCCGGGGAGUAUUUCUGCCUGGCCUCCAACAAGAUGGGCAGCAUCCGGCACACGAUCUCGGUGAGAGUAAAGGCUGCUCCCUACUGGCUGGAUGAACCCAAGAACCUUAUCCUGGCCCCUGGUGAGGACGGGAGACUCGUAUGUCGAGCCAGUGGGAACCCCAAGCCCACUGUCCAGUGGAUGGUGAAUGGGGAACCUUUGCAAUCGGCACCGCCCAACCCAAACCGUGAGGUGGCCGGGGACACCAUCAUCUUCCGGGACACCCAGAUCAGCAGUAGGGCCGUGUACCAGUGCAACACCUCUAAUGAGCAUGGCUACCUGCUGGCCAACGCCUUCGUCAGUGUGCUGGAUGUACCACCUCGGAUGCUCUCGCCCCGGAACCAGCUCAUUCGGGUGAUCCUGUACAACCGGACACGGCUGGACUGUCCCUUCUUCGGAUCCCCCAUCCCCACUCUUCGAUGGUUUAAGAAUGGGCAAGGAAGCAACCUGGAUGGUGGCAACUACCACGUCUAUGAGAACGGCAGCCUGGAGAUCAAGAUGACCCGCAAAGAGGACCAAGGCAUCUAUACCUGUGUUGCCACCAACAUCCUGGGCAAAGCUGAAAACCAGGUCCGCCUGGAGGUCAAAGAUCCCACCAGGAUCUACCGGAUGCCUGAGGACCAGAUGGUCAAAAGGGGCACCACGGUGCAGUUGGAGUGCCGGGUGAAGCACGACCCCUCCCUGAAACUCACGGUCUCCUGGCUGAAGGACGAUGAACCUCUCUACAUCGGGAACAGGAUGAAGAAGGAAGAUGACUCCCUGACCAUCUUUGGCGUGGCUGAGCGGGACCAGGGUAGUUACACGUGCUUCGCGAGCACCGAGCUGGACCAGGACCUGGCCAAGGCCUACCUCACUGUGCUAGCUGAUCAGACCACUCCAACUAACCGUUUGGCUGCCCUGCCCAAAGGACGGCCAGACCGACCGCGGGACCUGGAGCUCACCGACCUGGCCGAGAGGAGUGUGAGGCUGACCUGGAUCCCGGGAGACGAUAACAACAGCCCCAUCACAGACUACGUUGUCCAGUUUGAAGAAGACCAGUUCCAGCCGGGGGUCUGGCAUGACCAUUCCAAGUUCCCAGGCAGUGUCAACUCGGCCGUCCUCCACCUGUCCCCCUACGUCAACUACCAGUUCCGGGUGAUUGCCGUCAAUGAGGUUGGCAGCAGCCACCCCAGCCUUCCCUCCGAGCGCUACAGAACCAGCGGGGCACCCCCUGAGUCCAAUCCCAGUGACGUGCGGGGAGAAGGGACCAGAAAGAACAACAUGGAGAUCACAUGGACGCCCAUGAAUGCCACCUCCGCCUUUGGCCCCAACCUGCGAUACAUCGUCAAAUGGCGGCGGAGAGAGGCUCGCGAGACCUGGAACAAUGUCACAGUGUGGGGCUCCCGCUAUGUCGUGGGGCAGACUCCUGUCUAUGUGCCCUAUGAGAUCCGAGUCCAGGCUGAAAAUGACUUUGGGAAGGGCCCUGAGCCAGACACUGUCAUCGGUUACUCUGGAGAAGAUUUACCCAGUGCCCCCAGGCGUUUCCGAGUCCGGCAGCCCAACCUGGAGAUAAUCAACCUGGAAUGGGACCAUCCGGAACACCCCAAUGGGAUCCUGAUUGGAUAUUCUCUCAGAUACGUGGCCUUUAAUGGAACCAAAGUAGGAAAGCAGAUGGUGGAGAACUUCUCUCCCAAUCAGACCAAGUUCACGGUGCAAAGAGCAGACCCCGUGUCGCGCUACCGCUUCACCCUGAGUGCCAGGACGCAGGUGGGCGCUGGCGAAGCUGUCACGGAGGAGUCGCCAGCACCCCCGAAUGAAGCCACUCCAACCGCAGCUCCUCCCACGUUGCCCCCGACUACGGUGGGUGCGACGGGCACUGUGAGCAGCACUGAUGCUACUGCCCCUGCUGCCACCACUGAAGCCACAACAGCCCCCAUCAUCCCAACUGUCGCACCUACCACCAUCGCCACCACCACCGUCGCCACAACUACUAGAACCACUGUCGCCACCACCACCACCGUGGAGAGUCCUCCCACCACCGGGACUAAGACACACGAAUCUGCCCCCGACGAGCAGUCCAUAUGGAAUGUCACGGUGCUCCCCAACAGUAAAUGGGCCAACGUCACCUGGAAGCACAAUUUCGGGCCCGGAACUGACUUUGUGGUUGAGUACAUUGACAGCAACCAUACGAAAAAAACUGUCCCUGUUAAGGCUCAGGCCCAGCCUAUACAGCUGACAGACCUCUAUCCCGGGAUGACAUACACGUUGCGAGUUUAUUCCCGGGACAACGAGGGCAUCAGCAGUACCAUCAUCACCUUUAUGACCAGUACAGCUUACACCAACAACCAGGCCGACAUGGCCACCCAGGGCUGGUUCAUUGGGCUCAUGUGCACUCGGCUGGGAGCUUUGAAGAAACACAAGGGCCCCAUCCUCAAGGAAAGAACUGGCAUUCUGUGGUGCCUUCUGGCUCUGGCCAGGGCCAUGCAGAGCAGGGGCGUGCUCAGUCAUUGUGUCUGUGUCUUUGCUUCUCUUAUUGACCAAGUGCGAGAAAAGAAGGACGUUCCCCUUGGCCCCGAAGACCCCAAAGAAGAGGAUGGUUCAUUUGAUUACAGUGACGAGGACAACAAGCCCCUGCAGGGCAGCCAGACGUCCCUGGACGGCACCAUCAAGCAGCAGGAGAGUGAUGACAGCCUGGUAGACUAUGGUGAGGGCGGCGAGGGCCAGUUCAAUGAGGAUGGUUCCUUCAUCGGCCAGUACACAGUCAAAAAGGACAAGGAGGAGACCGAGGGCAACGAAAGCUCAGAGGCCACAUCACCCGUCAACGCCAUCUAUUCUCUGGCCUAACAGAGCCCCCCCAGUCACAGCCACUACUUCGCAAGUAGGAGGAGGGGAGAGGGGGAGACGAAGCCACCGCCACCUUCAGGGACAAGGGUACAACAUGGGGGUCUGCCAAGCUGUGAGGACCACUGACCACCCAGCCAACCACAAGCCCCCUCCUAAUGACCCCCCCCCACAUCUGGGUGCCACCUGUGUGGGAGAGCUGGAGCCAUGGCCAAGCUCAGCCAGAGGGAGCCCGGGCCCCUUGCUCAGCCUGAGAGCCACCCUGAGCCUUCUACCCACACUGCCCGCCCUUAACCUCGGACACACACUCACCAGUGUCUUCUAUUGGUUCUGGUACUUUUCACUCUUUAUUUUUGCUUUGUGCAUCUUCCCCUCCAGACCCAAUGUCUCCAUUUUCUUUUCCUUUUGAAGAAGUAUCCCUGGAAAAAGAAGAGGUGGAGUCUCUCCCAGAAAACUGUAAAGAUAGGCAAAAAGGAUCGGUCCGUAAAAGAACCUAGAGAAAAGCUGCAGUAUUCAUACCACGCUGGGCCAAUGUAUUUCCGAAGGAUGCCUUUCUCGCCAUAUUGUCUCCUCACGCCCGCAACCCAUCCGCCUCGGCCUUGUCAGUUGCUAAGCUGGGCUUGGCUCCUUUCUGGAAAAUGACAGUAUUUUUGGCAGGGAUAGGGUGGGCAGGGCUCCUUGCCUUGCUCUGGCUCAUUUGGGAGGUGGGCUUACCUCUUGCUCCUCGCUCGUACCCUGCCCCUUCCUCCAGACUGUCCAAGACAAGAGCUGCACUGACUCUGAUGAAGGAGUUUGAGGAACAGCAGUGGGCACUGAUGGAAAGGACUUCAACUCCAGUGACCAUGUACCUCAAGCAGAAGAAAAUCAGGCGUCUGGUCCCUGGAGAGCUGUGCUCACCUCAGGAGAGAAGAAAAGGGCUGGGUUUCCUCAGCAGUGACACCCAGGAUGCAGGAGAGAGGGCCGUACCCACUGCAUCCAGAGUGGAGGGCGCCCCCUCCUGGUCAGGGGUCUGCACUGUUGCCCCCAAGGAGAUGGAACCCUGUAAUGCAAAAGCUUUGCCGGUGUGUUUGGGGGUGUCAAGUACUGCUCCCCCUUUCACCUCUAGCAGGUAUCAUCUCUUCGGUCAAUUCUGUAUGACGUUGAAACUGUGGAUGGGGCUCUAUUGCCCCAACACUGAGCCAGUGUGUCCUUUCCUUAGGGUAUUUACAUAUCAGGAGACCCUGUGGGGCCACCGCACUAGCAGUGCUGUAAAGCCUGGCCUGGAGGAUUCAGUGCUGUUCGUAUGCCUUAUGCAGCUCUGAUCUGUCCCUGUAGUUCCCAGGUUCCCAGCCCCUCCCUGCAAGCCUUGAAGCCUCCAGCAAUGUCUGUCUCAAGGAGGACGGAGCGGCCUAUGCAAACAUCACGGCAGAAUCAGAAGUAGCCACUCGACACAUGCCCUGCAACCUGUUGCCCCAGAUGGAGACACUCGCAGACCUACAGUUCUCAGAGACCGAAGGCGCUGCCUUCAUCUACCCCACCUAAUCCGCUUUUGAAACCAAAGGUACCUAGCCUCAGAGGAGCAAGAUCUUGAGCCUAGGAGGAACCCUGUUGCUGUUGCUGCAGCUAGCAUCAGUUUCAGGAGGGGGAAGCUAACCCUAGUCAUGGGCCACCUGCCACAGAUACAACCUCUGAUUUGAGCCUCCAAGCUGCUUGCCACGGGGCCUGGGCAGGGACAGGGCUGUGUCCUUUAGAGAUUUUAUUAAAGCAUCAUUUGCCAUGUGUUUAAGCCGCAAAGGUAUUAGUAAUGUUUGCAUCACUUAGUAACCAGUCAGUGAAGGUCAAGCCCAUAGAUACACAUACUCUGUCUGCAGGUAAGGAACCAUAGCCCAGAGCUGAACCAAUUAUAUUGUUUGAACCUGAGAGCAAGUAACAUCCUUUGGCCCCAGCCAUGGCUAGGUUUGCUGCCCGGAAGCCCAAGGGGGAGCUCUCAUGGUGACGGGACAAGGUGAAUAGCAGGGAGCUGGGAAGUGGGCUCCCUGGCUAUCCUCUGACACCCUCUUAGACACAGCUGAGUAUUCCUAGGCCCAGGGUCCCUGAAGGGUAUGUCAGGGAAGCGUGCCUGUGAGCUGAAUGAAAGCACCGGCCUUUCCAGAAAACGCUGUGCAUCUGAGCAGGGUAGUCCCUUUCUCAGGCCCUGAGUCCGUGUUGUACCAUACACGCAAGUGAACUUAUUACACUGAAAACGGUCUCUUAGGGCGAGAAGGCCUGGGAGAGGUUAUUGUACCCAUGCCUCUGCCUCUAGAAGGCCUUCUGGACAACUGAUGACCAGGGAAGGGCCUCUGCUACCACUGGGUCUUGGGGAGAGGUGUUCUUCAGCCUGUCUUUGCUCCUUGUUCAUGUCCUGCCAGACUCUGUACCAUCCCCCAUCAUGUAUGAAGAUAGCGCCAUCAGCCCUAUCACGAGGCUGCCCACACCACCACUCCAUCACAGCCCUCCUGGCAGGCAAGCACAAACCUGGGCCUGAAGAACCAAGUUGUCCCCAAGCAAGGAUGGCAAGUGCUUAGAGAGAUCUGUGGGUUGCAGUGUUAGGGUUAAGGAAGAGCCCUUCUAGGAAGAGGAAAGUCCAUUUUCCAUGGCGCCCAUGCCAGAGUCCACCCAGCUCAGCAGGAGAGCAGCAUUGUUCCGCACUCCCUGCCAGCUGGGGCUCUCAAGCAACCACCCCAAAACAACCAACUGUGAUGCUAGUAGAGGGCAAUGCCAUCGGUGCUUCAGCUUUUCUGGCUGGGGGGGGUCGGAGGGGAACAGUGUAGGUCAUCUCAUAGCGACUAGGAAUUCCAUUGCCUGUUCUGUGACCCCACUGUGUGCUAGGCCAGAAGAGCUGUGGCUCCCUGUGCCCUCAUUUUGUCUGGCGAUCUGCUCAGCAUCCUCUUGAACACUGAGUGCGAGCCAGGCUCUGAGCCAUGGACACCAUGGUGAAGAGUCGGGUGUAAACCCUGCCCUCUCAGGGCUGACAGUCCUGGACAUGAGCCUUGGGACACAGUGGCCUUGAUUGGGAGCACUCUGAGCACGUAAGUCACCAGUGGCCUCAGGCUUGAAGGGAGAAGCUCCAGAGGGAGAACUUGGUCCACAAGGCUGGGCAAGACGGCCUCAAAACCUACAGGGGCAGCUGAGGACACAGCCCUGCGUCCUGAGCCCCUGCUCUGCCCCUCCAGGCAAAUGGCUUAACCUAUCUGUAUUUUGGUGCCUCAGUCUACCCUAUUUAGUCCCUCCUUGAAUAUCUUUCCCCACAGAGGGGCGUGGGCCCACCUGAGGGAGCAGGGGAGGCCAGUGUCUGGGAGCACACCCCUACAGGGACGGGACAGCUGCCUCCCACGUUGCCUGGGUUACAGAGAAUGGGACCUAUUCUUGAUUUGCUUUUGAAGAGAUUGCUGAGUUUAAGCUAAAGGGAAAACCAGUCUAGCUCCUUCCCUUGUCCGCUGCCUUUGCUCUGAGAGGUUGGAGGUAUCUGGUCACCCCCUCUCUGGCAAGUCCCAGGGUCUGGAGAAGUGUCCACCUGUCCAAGAAGCAGCCAGUGCCAAUAUUGCUCACCCUGCAAAGGGUGUCUGCCGCCUGGGCCCAGACAGGGCUUUCAUAGUUUCCCUGAACACAGUUGGCCUUAGCAAAGGGGUAGAAACAGAUUCGAGGAUAUUUGUGGGUUUCCCAGCUAAGGGGCUGCCUCCCCUCACCCGUAGCCAGCACCCACACAUGGGCUCACCCACACAUGGGCACACACAGCAUACCAAGGCCCCACUGCAGGGCGGACCUCGGGGGAACAGUACAGAUAAUGGCAUUGUCUUGGAGACGGUGAUUCUAUACCCAGGCUCACUGCAAAUGUGAAGGACUUCGUGGGGUACAGUGUACAACGUGGGGCAGGGGGAAGAAGCUGGCCUGGCUGGGCCCCCUUGGGGUGAUUCCUGAGGGCAACACCGAGAGAGAACAAGCUUGAUGCAAAGGAGAGGCAACCUCCCCCAGUAACUGUACAUUCAGUGUCUUUUGAAGGCUCCCGGAGCCCUUUGCAGGCUCAGAGCCAAAUCGCAGAGCAUUUACAAACAGCCCUGUGACAGAAGGAGUGGGGAUUUAACACACUUUUGCCCAUGUCUUUGCAAGGCUACUUCGGUAACACUGAAGAGGAGAGGAGGCUCCUUGAGCUUUUGGUCAGCGGGGGCUGGUGCCAGAGAACCACUUCUCAGUGGGAGGGCACAGGCGCCUGGGACACAGGCACAGCACAGUCUCCCCUGUUGACACGUGGGUCACCACGCCAGCAACCCCUGCCCAGUUAGGUCCACUAAAAAGAAGUCACCCUGUAGAUCUGGUUGAGAUUUGCGUGGUGACUUAGGAGUAGCAUAGAGGAGGUCUUUGAUUAAAAAAAAAAAAAAUCAGGAGUCAGGAAUCAAACAAAUGAAACAAAGAGCUUGAAAUGUCAGGAGACUCAAUGUUCUGGGGCAGAGCCCUUCUGGACAGCCCCCUUCUCUUAAACCAGGCAGGGGUGACCAUGGGCGUUCAGACCAACCUUGCAGCUGCCCCCAGCCUGCCCAGCCCAAGCCAGAGCAGCACUCUCUCCUUCCCUAAGAAUGGACCUUCCUGAGACAGGUUCGGAGAGGGAUUCGAAGGAAAGGUGGACAACCUUCCAGGGAAGCCACAGGACCCCACUAAACCAGUGCUCCUCUGUCAGUAUAUUAGUAUUAAAUGGAUGGUCCAUAAUGGUAAGGAUGGAAACGAGAUAUGGACAAAGCGUCCAGCUCAGGAUCACUUCAGAUUUCAUCAUGAGACGGAACCACAAAGCUGAUCUAAUUGAGAUGAUUCAUUAGACAGACAAGGACACUAAAAUCUGCGGAGGUGAAGGGCCUUGCCCAAGAUCACACAGCUAGUAAAUCAAGGUGAGGUUAGGGCUUGAACUUGGGCCCUCCAACUCCUUGUCCAGUGUUCUUGCAUCUCACCCCCGCUGCCUUCUUGGAAAUGGGUGUACUUACCUCUGUGCUGCUGGUUCACCCUGUCAUACCCCUUCACCACGUCUCAAAAUGACCAAGGAUUUCUCUGAGUCCAACAUCAGUGUGUGACAGCCUGUGGUGUUAAGGGCAGACCCAGGCCAGGAGAAGGGUGAUGAGGUGACUGGCGUUUGUCACUGUGAAGCCUAGACUUGUCUCCUGCUCAUCAUAUAUCGGGUCCCCAGCAUGCUGUGUCCCUCGGAAGUGAGGACAUAAAGACCUCUCUGACCACUCCACCCUUGGCCGCCGGGUGCCGAGGGGCAGCAGCGCCCGUAUAAGUUCUGCCACCCUGGGGUUCGCUGGGCUGGAGUUCAGCACAUGUAAAGACUUCAGUGAAGCAAUAAACACAAAAGUCUGGGGAAAGAAAUCCAGAAUUUUGUGCACUGCUCCGUUUCUUUUUCAAAAAGGAUGCAGAUCAGAUGACCGUGCCCCACUCCUUUUUCUGAUCCCCAAAUGUAUCUUCCUCGUCAGUGUUGUCCCUUCACCCAGCUUCCAGCUCUUAGCCAAUUUCUUCACACCCCUCCUGAGCUGAGCCUCCGUCGCCUGUGACAUGUCCGCCUUCCGUCCUGGUCCCACCCCCAACCCAUGCUGGACCCCAGAAGACCUCUUGCCGUGUACCCCACCCCCCAAAACACACAUUUCCCCCCACCAUCCUAAUUUGUUCCUUUCAGUGGGGAAAUAUUUUCUCAGUGUUUCCAUCCCUGAUCACAUACGCACACACCCACAAAUUGUCUGAUAUUUUUUUCAUUGGUUAAAUAUUUAACUCACCAUGGCAGACCUUGUUUUAACCCCUCUCACAUCGUGUUCUUUCCUUUUUGCGAGUUAUUUUGCAUUAACCAACGUCAGUGACAGAUGCGUCUCUGAGGGUGUCACAUAUGACCUUCAACAGGGAAGACAUCUGGGCCGUGGAGGACCACCUAAUACAUGGACUUACAAACUGACUGCAUGAGCAAUGAAAAGGCCAAAUUAUCCAGAGGUUUUUGGUUUUUUUUUUGAAUCACUGUAAAAAAAAAAACAAAAAAAAAAACUGAUUUCUUUUGUAUAGAGAACACUAAACGUAUAAUAAAAGUUGUUCAAAAUGGA